AUGGCGCGUCGCCAUCGAGUGGAUGGAACCCAAGGCAAAGGAGCAGACCAGCAGCGUGCUCUGUUGGCACCACGUUUUCCUGCCUUUCCACAACAGCAGCCGUGCAUCUGCUCACCAGGCCCACCAGGACCUCCGGGAUUACAGGGAUUACAAGGACCACAGGGCACACGAGGGGACAAGGGCGAAGACGGACCAACUGGACCUCCAGGACUAAUGGGCACGAACGGGCAACGUGGACCGCCCGGACGCACAGGAAUUCCAGGCCCAAUUGGUCCUCCAGGACGACAAGGACGACGUGGUUUCCCUGGAGAGCGGGGCCCUACCGGUCCAAUCGGACCAAUUGGCUUACCCGGACCUACUGGCCCUGCUGGAGCUGCGGCCGCAGCUCGAUCGCUUGAUGGCGCUGCGAGUAUUGGAGUUCUCCCCGAUUACGAUGUUGAUGUAGGACCAGAUGGCGACGAGGAUGAUGUGGAUGACUUUGACGACGAAGACGAAGAUGACUAUAAGAAGAAAUAA